UCGUGAUAGCGUCACGUCGUAAUAAACGAAUUGUCGUUUUCGCGUCGAAAAGGUGAUUAUUCUUUGUUUCUUUUUUCGGCCGUGAAGAAUUUUGGGGAAUUAACGAUCGCGAAUUCGAGAAUGCGCUAGUGGAACCGGUUAUAUCGUGGGAACCGUGGCAAAGGGCAGGUCCCGAUAGAAGGAAGGAAUCGAAAUAUUUCGAAACGUUCGUGUCGAGGAUCGCUGGUCGUUUUCGCGCGGCGAUGACGCGGAAGGGGGCGCAACAGGAAUUUGACGGUUGUGUAUGAAGUGUGACGGUAAAGUGCAAUCGAACAGGUGCAUCGAAACGAAGCUCAGCGGACAACGAUGAAUCAUUGGAGGGUGACAUUUCUUCGCGCUGAGUAACUGCAUCGCUCGUCUACGAUCGAAACGACAUGGAUGUACGGACAGAGAGGCCUCGAACGGCCGGCCGGAUAGCGCCGACCGGACGCGUUACUCCGACCAUACAUCAAACAGGUGGAGGAAGAAGAAAAGCGAUACCGGUCCCGCCGCCGAGGGUGCCGACCCCCAUGCCCACCGCCAACAAUAAUCAACAAAAAAACAAUGCGAACGUGGACGCCCCGGCCGCGGUACCCACUCAGAAGAAAGAGCCGCACGAGAACAUCGCCCGGAUAGCGAAGCGGUAUCUCGACGAUAACAUGCAGCAGGCGUGGAUCAAUCCUCGUCUAAUAUCGAUGAUAAACAUGGAGGCUGUGACGUCGACCGACUACGACUCGUCGAAUCUGAGCAGAAAUUUCAAUCAGGUGGGGUUCAACACGUACAACUAUUCCCAGUUCGAGGAGAAGUACAAGCCGCGGCAAGCGUUGAAGUACGGGGACGAGUAUGCGGAGUACGGGCGGAACUCGGUCAGGUUGGGGCCGAACGAGAGGUUGGCGAGAUUAACGUCGUUGUCGUCGUCGAGGCAUCAAGAGGUUGCCGGGAAGAUCGAUCAGAGAUACGCGAGGAGUCACUCGCAGCCCGAGCGACAGCACCAUUCGACCCACGAGGCGCGGUCCAAGUCUCAAGAUUCCCGCGAGUUGACCUUCUAUCACAUAGAUCCGCCCGCCUCCUCAAGAGCGGAGAACGUCCACUCCGCGAAGACGCAUCGCGGUGUCGCGGUGGAGAAGGGUCAGGGCAAAAAGGAGUUGACCUUCUACGAGAUCGAUGGGCCCGCGUCGCAAGAAAAGGCGGCGAAAGACGGCAAAUCGGACGGAGCAGGAGGAGGGAAGGACAAAAGCGAGAAAGGACAGAGGGAGAAGGCGCACGGUUGUUCGGGCGGCGUCCAGGAGGCCAAAGCGUGCUGCCUUACCUCGAAACACGCGAGGCAGGAGCAGAAAGGAGCUGCUAUCGCGCCGCCACCCAAUUACCAACUGAACAGAUCCCAAUCCGAUCUGACCGAUUGUCAACUGCCCAAUUAUUACAGGCAUCGGAACAAUCCUUACAUCGAUCCGCCCAAGUACAGGCAAUUCGACAGGCCGCCGAGGUAUCAGGAAACGCCGCCGAGAUCCGAGCCACCGCCAAAGUACUCGGAGGUGGCCAGACGUGGCCAGGACGACUACAAACGCGUCCAGGAGGAGAGGGGCAAACGGCAAGGUGGAGGAGGAGGAGGAGGAGGAGGGAGCUUGGUAGUAGGCAUCGGUAGCGGCGGUGGCAACGGCGGCGGCAGUGGCGGCGGCGGCGGCGGUGGUGGUAGUAACUCCAGCAGGGGAACUCAUGGCGCCGAGACGCCCUCUAAUCUGACCAGUAUCACGCCAACCGCGCGAGAAGCAACACGCGCUCCUUCGUCGCGGUCGCGGCUCCCCUACAAGUCGUGCGACACGCGUUGCCCCAACGCCACUGCCACCACCACCACGAACAACAACAACAACAACAACAACAACAACAACAAUAACAGUCACCACAACAACCACAACCACAACAACAACAACAACAACAACAACGUAAGCAGCGGCAGCGGCAACAACUCGAACAAAGAGGAGGCGUAUCAAGAUGCGAGCGAAGAGGGCGAGGUGAUAUCCGGCGGUUUGACCACCAGGUGUCACGGGGAUUUUUCGAAAGCGUCGUCGUUCCAUCAUCAUCACCACUACCACCACCUUCAUCAUCAUCAUCAUCAUCAUCAUCAGAAUCGGUGCACGAGCAUCGGUGUCGGAGGCGCGGUUCCCGGCAAUGCCUGCCAAAGUGGUUCCGGUGUGGCGUGCGAUCCGUCGACGUGCGACAGGUACAAGGGUGCCGUGGAUUGUUUGCUGAAGGCGAGCGAGGCGGUGCAAGGUCGUGUGUGCGACAGAUCGAUGUUGAAGAUCGAGAAAAGGGAUUCGAGCAAAGGGAUCGUUCACGGGAUCGAGGGGGUGGUGGGGGGUGGGAAGUGCGGCGGGGAUAGGAUGAAAUCGGGGCAGGAACUCGGUUACGGGGGCAAGCACGGGGCGGAGCAGCAAGUGGGCGGCAAGUCGAAGGGUCACGGUGAUGUAACGGGUCACGGGUUCAAGGUGGAGAACAUGAGGUACUACGGCGAGUUGAAGGGUUACGACUUGAAGUCUUACGGGACGAUCGACAAGCCGGCGUUGGGCGUCGUCGUCUCUGCCCACGAGAAAUCCCAUUUGCACGGGGCGAGCGAGAAGAACGAGAAGUGUCACUCGAAAGUGUCCACCUCCUCCUCCUCCUCCUUGUGCUCGCCCGCGAUGCAGAGUUACGGCCUGUCCAAGGUCGGCGGCGGUGAACGCCCAGCCGAGAAGAGCGUGUACGCCGAUCACUAUUAUCACCGAUCGUCGCACUCGAAACAACCGCAAACCGCGUAUCAAGUGUACCAGGAGACCAAGUACUCGUACAACGUGAGCGGGGUACCGGGGACGCCGGCGCAGGCGAGCGCAGCCGCAGCUUUCUUCGCAAGGUCAGUUACUCAAUCUGCUGCUAUACCCCUCUUCCAUACACGUACCGCGCGCUACCGCUCGCGAUCACGCGCCUCUCCACCUGUUUCCUUUCCCCCGACGAUUUACGACUCGUCGUGA